AUGAGCCAACAAUUCUUCGAGACACUCGUCCAAAAAUAUCCGGACUACGCUACUCUGUGCAAAUCACUUGAAGACUUUAAGGCGAAGAAACUGUAUUUCCAACUCACAUCAGAGGCAGAGAACUUCGUCAACGACCCAUUUCUUAGAAACACGGGAAUACUCUUCGAGUUCUUCGACGUCUUCCUCAAAGACAUCCAGAAGAAAAUUAACCCAAUCAAACUGACGCAAAUCGUCAUUUCGAUUUGUAAGAACAACACAGACUACCAAACGUGUAUUAAGUUGGUUACCUCGAUUUCAGAAGACGUUAAAGCAGACUUGGGAGCACGUUGCUUGUGCUACUCGACUAUUGGGAUAUACCAACUGUUGGCUCACAACGUUCCAUUAGCAAGAGAUGAGAUUGACAAAGUCGACAAAUUGUUAGAGCACGAAGAGGGACUGGAGGCUGUUGUAUACAGUCAGUACCAUUUACUUUGCACUCGUUUUUAUGAGGCCAAAAACGACGCAAACGAGUUUUUCAUAUCCGGAGUGAAGUACCUCAAAUUUGUUGAUCAAAGCAGUUUGGAUCUCGAUGAGAAGACUAAGUUUGUAACAAGUUUAGUCAUCGCCGCGCUUGUGGGAAACAAAGUGUAUAACUUUGGUGAGUUUUUGAAUAACCCGAUAUGUGAGGCGUUAACAGACAACGGCAGAGUUUCGCAACUCAUCGAGCUUCUUCGUGCAAUCAACAAUGGUAACAUGAAGAUGUACUUAAAGGUACAAGAGGACUUAUCACAACUCUUUUCCACAGAACCUUCCCUCAUUCAAAACAAGAAUCAAAUCAUCGAAAAGGCGUCAAUUGUCUCUUUGAUGGAAUUGAUAUUUAGAAGUAUGACAGAAAAUAGGACGUUUUCUUUCACCAAAAUAGCAGAAGUCACUUGUGUGCCUUUGAAUAGUGUCGAAAUUCUGGUGAUGAGAGCAUUGUCACUUGGCCUUGUUAAAGGAUUCAUUUCACAAGUUCAACAAGAGGCUACUUUCUACUGGGUACUUCCUCGGAUUUUGGACAAAACGCAGUUCCAAUUCGUCUCGAAUAAACUCAACGACUGGAUGCAGAUGACUCGAAAGACUCUCGGAGUCAUCGAAAGCGCUGGGGUCCAACUUUAA